UCCACAACCAAUCACCAUCAUUAGGGGGUUGAGAACCAAAGCUAUAUCAGCUCCUGUCUUUGAAAAUAAAAAAACAUUACAUUUCUACAGGGAGAUUCAUAGAGUGAAGUUAUGGCAGUUAUGGCUCCAAUUUUACACAGUGAAUUUAUAGAACAGGAGCAGUAUGUUAAAAACCCUCACCUGGACCACAUGGAGGAGGACAUCCUCUACCACUUUAACCUGGGCACCAAGACCCACAACCUGCCCGCCAUGUUCGGAGACAUCAAGUUCGUGUGUGUUGGAGGCAGUGCCAACAGAAUGAGAUCUUUUGCUCAGUUCAUCCAUCAGCAGCUGAAGCUCGCAGGGAAUGCAGAUGAUAUCAGAGAUAUCUGUGAGGGGACUGACCGCUACUCCAUGUACAAAGUGGGGCCUGUGCUUUCCAUCAGCCAUGGGAUGGGUGUGCCGUCUAUCUCCAUAAUGCUGCAUGAACUCAUCAAGCUCUUGUACCAUGCCCACUGCCGUGAUGUCAUUCUGUUCCGCAUCGGUACCUCAGGAGGCAUCGGUCUUCCUCCUGGCACGGUGGUGAUCACUGAUAAAGCAGUGGACUCUUUCUUCAGGCCGCAGUUUGAGCAGGUGGUUCUGGGUAAAGUGAUCACCAGGAGCACAGAGUUGGAUAAAGGCAUGGCAGAAGAACUCCUGCAGUGUUCCACUGAGCUGCACAACUUCCCCAGUAUCAUCGGCAACACCAUGUGCACGCACGACUUCUAUGAAGGCCAGGGCAGACUGGACGGUGCUCUGUGCUCGUUCUCCACCGAGGAGAAGCUGGAGUAUCUGAGGAAAGCUCAUGAAGCCGGCAUCAGGAACAUUGAAAUGGAGUCCACUGUCUUCGCCGCCAUGUGCCGCAUCUGCAACCUUAAAGCGGCAGUGAUCUGUGUGACUCUGCUGAACCGGUUGGAGGGAGAUCAGAUCUCCACGCCCCAUGAAGUGCUGGUGGAAUACCAGCAGAGACCUCAGCACCUGGUGGCUCAUUUCAUCAAGAAACAUUUGGCACUCAUCUAAACGUAUUCGUCUUGAUGUGUAUGAUCUCUUAAUUCCGGGUUUUAAAAGGUAUUGUGGUGUUUUUACCAACCCAAAUCUAUAUCUAUAUACUGUCUCUGUGGUGUGAGUCAGAUUAUCAAGGACAAUAACUUCAUGUAAUGAGAAUAGAACUGUAAAGCUGCUUUCUCAAAUACUCACCAAGGGCAUAUUUAAGAGUUAAUUGAAACAUACAAAUAUAAAAAGCUGAAUAACUACAACAUCUUAAAAAGUAAUAGUCAUCUUUUUACGUUUAAGGUUUUAGGACUAAAUAUUAAAUUCAGGCUAAAUUACAAAAACAGUGACUGCUUGAAGUUAUAAAAGUGUUUCAAUAAGAUUAUAAUAACUGAUUAGUGCUUUAUUUGUUAUUUAGAGGAAGACGUGUCCUCUGCUGUACUCUCUCACACACACACACACACACACACACACACACACACACACGCUGCACAUGCUGCACAUGCAGUAGAUAAGAGAUUCAGUUGGGUUAAAAGACACUGAAAAUUCCUUAAAAAUUCAAGAAUGCAGUUUUUUAGGUAAAGAGAAAUGCAAUGUCGUAGAUUAAAGACGUUUCAUUCAUUAACCAACAGCUACCAGUUGUAAUAAAUUCCUGUAUAUAAUGUUUAUAAGAAGCACAUGCCAGUGCCGUGUUUAGACAUCUGUACAUAAGUGUACAUAUGUUGUAGAUAUAUUAAAUUCUAUGUUUGUAUUUUUACUUAACGCAGUAGGUGACUGAAUUUUACUGCUUUUGAAUGUCUAAUACCUUCCCAAGGUGCUGAAAGUCUUUGAAAAGUACAGAAUCAAAUGUGUGCAAUAGAUGAUAUUAUUUCUUACUGCUUUUGUGAAUAAAUUCACUAUUGAAAAAUA